GCCACCCCUGGCGCACGUUAGUGCAGCGGCGUGUUCAUCGACCAAACCACUCUCCUCGCCGCCUGCCCCGUCGUCCAGCCCCGCCAGCACGUCCCCCGCACUGCCGCAAGCCGUACACAGCACCCGCCGCGAAGCCGCAAGCAAGGUCGGACGGAGUAGUCGACCCGUUCAAAGAUGUCACACGCCGGUUCAUACGAUUCCUCUCACUCUCACUCUGUCAUGACCGAGGACGAGGAGGACUGGGAGGACUACGUGAAGGGCGGUUACCACCCCGUCCACAUCGGCGACACCUUUUCCGACGCCCGCUACACCGUCGUCCGCAAGCUCGGCUGGGGCCAUUUCUCCACCGUCUGGCUCGCGAAGGACGCAAAAUUGAACCGUCAUGUCGCCCUCAAAGUCGUCAAAUCCGCACCACGCUAUACGGAGACUGCUCUCGACGAGAUCAAGCUGCUCCAGCGACUCAUCACUUCCUCUUCUCCCUCCGUGCAGCCUACCCCCGACAACCCGAUUCCACCGCCAUCGCCGUCCCAGACACACCCGGGACGUUCCCAUGUCAUUUCUUUUCUAGACCAUUUCCGACACAAAGGGCCCAACGGCACCCAUGUCUGCAUGGUCUUCGAGGUGCUCGGCGAGAACCUGCUGGGGCUCAUCAAGCGGCAUCAGAACAAGGGUGUCCCGAUGCCCCUCGUCAAGCAAAUUGCGAAGCAGAUCCUCCUCGGUCUCGAUUACAUGCACCGCUGCUGCGGCGUCAUUCACACGGACCUCAAGCCCGAGAACGUCCUCAUCUCCAUAGAUGAUGUCGAGUCGAUAAUCGAGGCUGAGCUUGCCGCGCAGUCUGCUUCCGCAACACCCCCGCCAACACGGCUGGUCGGUGUCCCGCCUUCACGCGGCCGUGGUGGGAACCAGACGCCGCGUUCAGAGUCCAUUUUCAUUACCGGAUCUCAACCACUCCCCUCACCAUCAUCAUCCUUCGGCUCUACCUCACACCUGGACCGAUGGUCAUUCGGUAUGAGCAAAAUAGAGGCAGACGGCGCUGUGAGCGGCCCCGGGAGCCCUUCGGGGAGUAUUGAUGUCAAGGAGAUCUCGAAACGCGCAGACUCGACAGAGCAGGCGGCUGAGCGCAUGUCGGGCGUCAACUUGAACACCUCGCCGUUUGGCGAGAAGACCCGCCCGGAGAAGGCGAAGUCGUCAGCACCAGGGCUGUCGUUACUGUCGCAGCAGGCACUUGCCUCGCGGGCACGGGCGCCAGGACUUGCACCUCCCGCAGAGGUACCGAUACCUGGUGAGUCUGGCGCACAGCCGAUACCUGGAUCGAGCGGCCAUCCGCCACCACCACCGUACUCGUUGGAGGCGAACAAUUUGUCUGGGGGCAUGACGGUCCCGCCUACAGGCGAGAGCGCGAUGUCAGUGGACCCAGCGAUGCCGGCUAUGGAAGGGAUGGAGAAGAUCACCGUCAAGAUUGCCGAUUUGGGUAACGCGACUUGGGUCGAGCAUCACUUCACGGAUGAUAUCCAGACACGACAAUACCGGUGUCCGGAAGUGAUCCUCGGCGCGAAGUGGGGACCAAGUGCGGACAUCUGGAGUGUGGCCUGCAUCAUCUUUGAGCUGCUGACCGGUGGCGACUAUCUCUUUGAUCCAGCGUCCGGGUCACGGUACAGCAAGGAUGACGACCAUAUGGCCCAGAUCAUGGAACUUAUGGGCGAGAUCCCGAAGAGUAUCGCCUUUUCAGGCAAGUAUAGCUCAGACUUCUUUAAUCGGAAAGGUGAGCUGCGACACAUCCAGAAGUUGCGGUUCUGGCCACUAGACGCGGUCCUACACGACAAAUAUCUGCUCCCUAAGGAAGAAGCAGACCUUAUUGCCUCCUUCCUUACUCCCAUGCUCCGCUUGCACCCCGACAAGCGUGCACCCGCCAGCGAGCUCAUUCACCACAAGUGGCUCGAAGACGUCGUGGUACAGGGUGAGAUCGAUGUCAUGCGACGGCAAGAGGAGGAGCGGCGCCGGAAACAUACCGAGGGCAGCAGGUCUGCGGGCAAACAGCCCAUGAAAGACUCAAACGCGGACGCGAUGAAGCCUGUCGAUACGGAUCCCACAAGUCCGCAGAGCAUGAGUGGCCUCGGCGCGGACCUCGACCGCGUUGUCCCAGUGCCGAAGCUCACGACACCUGUGCCCACGAGCUCGACGGCGAAGGAGAACGUCCAGUCCCAUAUGCGGACAGGGAGCGGCGGAGUGCCGACGCUACAUGCGAUACCCACGAACGGGAAGACGAAGUGAUGCCCGCAUGAGCAGACGUGCAUGGGACGCAGUUUAGAUGAUAUAUAGCGUUACUGUGAUAGUGUGUUGCUGUGACUCUUUCGCCGUGUUGGAGUAGCUUGCGUGUUUGUUGCUGUAGUCGUGAAUGUGCUGAUGCAUUCUUACCUAGUGUACGAGUCAAUGCUUACUGUAUGGCUAGGGCGUCCGGGCAAUUUGCCGGUACUGUAAGUACUGGCGUAGCCCGAGAAGAUAGCUAUAGUAGAAUGAGAACACCUGUAUCCUCUCUUCCUUAUUGUGUUAUGUCCUGGUCGAAAGAGCACAUCUGUUAACGAAUAAUCUAUGUUCAUGAACCCUC